GGUGUGGCGGGGCCCCGGGGCGCCGGUUGCUGAGCCGACGGGGAGCUCUGGUCACCUGCCACCUGGGCCGGGGCCGCCGGAACCCGCAGGCCGCGCCAUGCCUCACAUCGACAACGACGUCAAGCUGGACUUCAAGGAUGUCCUGCUCAGGCCCAAACGCAGCACCCUCAAGUCGCGCAGUGAGGUGGAUCUCACAAGAUCCUUCUCAUUUCGGAACUCCAAGCAGACGUACACUGGUGUACCCAUCAUCGCUGCCAACAUGGACACCGUGGGCACCUUCGAGAUGGCAAAGGCUCUCUGUAAGUUUUCCCUCUUCACUGCUGUUCAUAAGCAUUACAGCCUUGACCAGUGGCAAGACUUUGCUAGCAAGAAUCCUGACUGUCUUGAGUAUCUGGCUGCCAGCUCAGGCACAGGCUCCUCUGAUUUUGAGCAGCUGGAACAGAUCCUGGAAGCUAUUCCCCAGGUGAAAUAUAUUUGCCUGGACGUGGCAAAUGGCUAUUCUGAGCAUUUUGUUGAAUUUGUAAAGGACGUACGGAAGCGCUUUCCCCAACACACCAUCAUGGCAGGGAACGUGGUAACAGGAGAGAUGGUGGAAGAGCUUAUCCUCUCUGGGGCCGACAUCAUCAAAGUGGGAAUUGGGCCAGGCUCUGUGUGCACCACCCGCAAGAAGACGGGAGUAGGGUACCCCCAGCUCAGCGCAGUGAUGGAGUGUGCAGAUGCCGCCCACGGCCUCAACGGCCACAUCAUCUCGGACGGAGGCUGCAGCUGCCCUGGGGACGUGGCCAAGGCUUUUGGAGCAGGUGCUGACUUUGUCAUGCUGGGCGGCAUGCUGGCUGGACACAGCGAGUCAGGAGGCGAGCUCAUUGAGAGGGAUGGGAAGAAGUACAAGCUCUUCUACGGAAUGAGUUCCGAGAUGGCCAUGAAGAAGUAUGCUGGUGGGGUGGCUGAGUACAGGGCCUCGGAGGGAAAGACCGUGGAAGUCCCCUUUAAAGGGGACGUGGAAUAUACCAUCCGUGACAUCCUAGGAGGGAUCCGAUCGACAUGCACCUACGUGGGAGCAGCCAAGCUCAAAGAGUUGAGCCGGAGAACGACCUUCAUUAGAGUUACCCAGCAGGUGAACCCCAUCUUUGGGGAUACACACUAGCGCCAGGCAGUCCUGCUCUAGUGUGGUAGUGUGUCACUUUAUCAGUUCCUAGCAACUCAAGUCCUGCGGGCUCCUGCAGUAACACUCUCAUUUCUCCACACACACACACACACACACACUGGGAAGGAAGAAAGAAAUCAAUCUGAGAAAAGACAAGUCAAAUGGGAGUCUAGGGACUCAGCUUCUUGAAAAUUACUAAGAGGACAAAAGAUACUAAUUGAUACACAAAUGCUUUACAUGGCUUUGAGCUGGAAAGGGCAGGCUUUUGGAAUCAUGUUUUCUUAAUCAAUUUCAUUAAAUGAGGUCUUGAAAUGUC